AUGAACCGAUUCUUUACGACUCCAGUUCUGCAAAGAUUCCUUGACGAGACUUUGCUGGAGAGAAGUAAAAAACAGAAGGCCAUUCUUCGCCUUCUGCUUGUCCAUGUGGACAGCGAAAGUCACACGAACAAUAGAGAAAAGAUCCUAAUGGUGAAUUUAAUAAGGCUAAUUGAAAAGGAUGCGAUGGAACUUUUUUCCUGCUAUCCAAAUAUUUGGAAAGGAAACAACUCCACUUUUUUCUUUUACAUUUUUGAGGCACAACAUGUUGAGAAAAAUUUCAGCAGCAGUUUUUUCUCCCUCCUUAAAAUUUCACAGAGCGCUUACAAAAAUGUGUAUAUAGCUUUGCUGCUGUUCAGUUCCAACGACUUUGAAACGAAAAUGAGAUGCCUGAAGUAUGUUUUUAACCAGUGUGUACUGAGUGAUGGGAAUGCAGAUGAUGGGAAGAAGGAGGUCGGGCAAGUAGAACGCACGAUCUCCUUCACCGAAGCAACAAAAUAUUUCCACUUCCUAUUGGAGGAGAACGAACCUAUAAACGUCGAAAGACAUAUGAGUUGCUUCUUCUUUUCUGUGAUAGCUGAUUUGAUCAGGAAAGACUACGUCGCGCUGCUGAGGGAGAGGAAAAGGGAGAAAGACGAACUUCGGUUGAAGCUCCUGGUGAAACGGAUGAUCAGGAAGAAGUCAAAAAGGAAGAAGGAAUAUGUGAAUGACCUAACUCUCUACACUGCCAGUAGAAACAUUUUAAGUGCCUACUUUGACAAGAAUGAGGAUGCCAUUAUUAGUGAACAUAUGAGGGGGGGUGAACAAAAUGUGAAUAAGAAACAACUCGCACAGGAGAGCCGAAAAGGGGACUGCCUUAACGGGGAAGGAAGCAAAAAAUUAAUCACACCCAAAAGGGGAAGCACACACUGCAACGGAGAAACAGAAGAAGAAGCAACCCUAUGCUGCACCAUUGAGAAGCACUACGAUGUAGACUUCCUCAAGGGCAUUUUCUUAUAUGUAAAAGACAUGAUAAAUACAUAUUACGAGAUUUUUGAAAGGGAUAAAAAAAGCAGCUCGGUUGAGAUGAGGAGAAAUUACUUCACCUGUUUCAUCACCCAUAGUAUAACCAUCUUGAUUCACCUAUGUCUGAUGAACGUGGACUUUAUCAGGAGCUGCUAUGAAUUGAUAAAGGAUGUUAAAAAGAAAUUUGCAGCUCACAUGAACACAUCGAUCGUCAUUUUUAUGGCAAAAUUUAUUUUAUUCUUCUCCUCACCGGAGAAUUUUUUCCAAGUGUCUAAUUAUCUCUUUACCCACUUCGUAAUGGAAUUUAAAAAUUACCUUCUCGCCGUAACCUUUUUUGACUUCAUCAUGAGCCAUAUUACCAUCCUUCAUCAGAGGAAAUUUUUUUUUAAAAAAUUCUGCUCCAUCAUUUUGAAGACCUAUUUUUUUCAUCACCAUAUUUUCAAGCAUGACUUGAUUGCCCUUUUUCCUUUCUUAAUUUAUGAGAAGAAUUACAAAGACGUUUUUUACUUCCUUCUGUACGCCCCCGUUUUAGUGGACCUGGGCGAAAUGGAAAAAACCGGAGAGGUGAAUUCACAGAAAGGAGGAAGCAGACUCUCUCCCACGGGUAGCGAUUUGAGGGGGACCCACAAAAAAGAGGUGCUCAUCCAGGACUUAGACGGCCUCACAGUUCGCGGAGACGCGAAGAACAAGCGGCGCAGGCAGGACAUUCGCGAAAACAUGCACAAAUAUUUCAGGGCCUACUUCGAGACGGUACUGAGCAGCAGGGGGAGUGGCGGUGAAGGUGGCGAUGAGAUCGGCCGUGAAAGUGGCAGUGGGAGCUCCCCCUCCUGGAGGCACGAACUAACAAAAAUCAUUUUGCUCAAGUUGACUUGCCCCGAAAUUCUAGGAAUACUAAAUAAGGAAAGCAUAAAGGAGAUGCUCAGAAAUGUUAGCCACUCAGUUCGCUGUAAUCCAAGUCUCUUGAUCCUGCUGAAGGAGGAGUUUCUACACUUAUUGAAAAAUGAAUCUUCCACGUACUACCACUUCAUCAGUGCAAAAGUUCUGCAGAUAGUAGCGGAGAAUACGAAACGUAUGGACAUCACUUAUGACGACAUUGAGAAGUAUUACUUCACCUUGCAUUCCUUUUUCUGUGGGAGAGAUUACACGAAGGUAAAGUUUUGGGUGUCCUUAAUUCAUGCCCUUACCAACAUAGCCAUAUAUUGCUACGACUUUUCCGAAAAUGUGUUACGUAUGUACGAGGCAUUUCUCUCCAGAAGCGACGUAACUCUGAUGCUGAAGCAUAUCGUCACUGAGCACAUUGGGAUGAUAAAGAACGUAUCUUACGCAAAGGGGGGGAGAAUUCCCUAG